ACUAAUGUUUGUGACAGAGAUUGUGGGCUGUAGCUCUUAGGGCUUGUAUCUACAAUGGAACUAUUUAUUAUUUCUCGUAACAAUCGCCUAAUUCUCUCUCUCUCUCUCGCUUUCCUCUUCCCAUCCCCCAAUAAACUAAACCUGCCACCAUGAAAGGCCCUCAAAACAGCAACGAUACCAUUCAUGAUACUUCUGAUAUACCUGCUCCACAACCCCCUUCAAUUCAAUCCACAGCGCCAUCUUCUGCACCACCCUCUACUUCGCUCUACUCACCCUUUACAUUCACGGUUGACCAGACUUCUAGUGCAGCACUUUUAUCGCCAUUUUCUACAGUAUCCACAUCAGCAAUAACUUCCUCAUCAUCUCCACCAUCUUUAGCAUUGUUAUCACCGACAGAAACAGCGCCCUAUGAUGAUGCCCCACCUUCGUACGAAGCUACGAUUGACAAAGACAACCUCCCACAAAUCCAUAAUGACUAUGACCAUCUUUGUGGCCCACCUAGUCAGCGAGGCGUCGAGCUUAAAGGCAGGAUCCCCAUGGAAUCAUUGAAUGCAUCCCUGUAUAAUCAACAGUCUUCCACUGCAGAAUCCAGUGGUGCUGUUGGUACAAGUAGUGCUUCUUCUUCUUCAGGUCCUCGUAUUUUCUCACCUGCACCUCCUCGUCCGAAUGAAUCCAACUAUGUGCCCAUUCAACAUUCCCCUACUACUGCCAAUGCACCCGAGCUUGGCUUACGAGGCCAGAUUUCUCUCGAUGAUGAGGAAGAAGGCGAUUUUGCAAAUGAUAUGGAUCGCUUAUUAGGCACAAAUCAUGACAACGACCAAGACUACAGUCAUAAUGCUACUACUAAUGGGGAAGCGGAAGAAGAGACAGGUUCAUCCAGUUGGUCAAUUGCGGGUGAUGGAAGAGCCUGGGCAGCAUUGACCUAUAUGAUCUUCAUGAUCUUACCAUGGUCCGUUUUUUGUUUCACAUGGACAUUUAUUUGGGCGUUGAUGGCGUUCUGUUUAAUGAUCAUUCCGCCUCUAGGCUAUCCAUUUGUUAUCUUCUCAGCUACAUCUUGGCGUGCAUUGGCUCGUGUGGACUUGGCUCUUUCAGCAGCGCUGGUCUCGAACAAGGUUCGACAAAAAUAUCCCAAUGUGCCUGCACGGAUUUUUAUUGCAUCAGAACCUGAUCCCAGACCUCCUUCAUGGAAACCUCCAAGUCUGUUUGGGAUUCAAAUUCCAUUGCCUCAAUUUAUCCUUCAACGAUUGGAAAGGAGACAUACUUCGAGACACUGGGGCUCGCUUCGUCGACAACGAUAUAAGAAUAUGUGGGAUAGAGGGGCGAAGCAUUUGAAAGCAACCAUGGAUCGACAUACAUACAGGUCUAUGGUUUAUUUCAUGUUCUGGAAGUUGAUGCUGGCAUCGAUGUUGACCUGUUUCAUCUGGCUCUUGUUUCUAAUGACGCUCCCAAUGUUGAUGUGCCUGAUGCCAACGUUAUUGGUGGUUUCGAGGAAAUUUGCAAACUGGCAGUAUCGAUGGGCUGUCUAUUGGCUUAGUGAAAAACCUGCACCUAUUGUUGUAUGAUGGAAUCAUAUUCAUAAUGACAACGAUCCCGUUUUCAUGCUCGCUUAUAAACCCUUAUUAAAAAAAAUUUGCUCUUUGCCUGGGAAAUUAUUG